AAUAUUAAAAGUGAGCCUUAUAAUUUCUAGUCAUCUCAUCCUCUUGGAAGUUCUGCUGUAUGGGGCUCAGCAGCUCCUGUCUCAACAUCUCCUACCUCCAACUGGGGCUCGGAAGGUCCGUGGCAAAUACAGGGAAACAAGACCAGUGCCAGCUCUAUGUGGGAGACCCAGAAAAACAAUAAAAAACAGCCCUCUCCUACAAAGAAUAGUACACUGGACACUAAUAGCUUCCCAAGUUUGACUGCCGUAUCAUCUGGAGCAUCUCAGAAUACAAAAUCGAAAUCAUCAAAAAAUAAACAUAACGCAGAUGGCGUAGUGAAAUUAUUCCAAUCUUCUAAUUCAAAUGACGACAUCCUUCACUGGUCUGAAAGUAUGCUUAAGAAUGUGUCAUUAUCUAUUGAUGGUAGGUAUUUUCGUUUUCUUUUUUUUUUUGCGUCACUUGUUAUAGUUUGGAUGAUUUGUGCAACAUUUUUGUUUUUCUCUAAACAAAUGAAGACAUUCCGCUUCUUUGGAUACCACUAACCAGAUUGUUAUUAUUAUUAUUAUUAUUAUGAUGGCCCCUGGAUCGUUGCCAGUGCCCCUGGACUGGCUCUUGUGCG